AUGACCAACUACCCCCUAUUAAUCAAUUUAAUCAUAACCCUCUCCUACAUCCUCCCAAUCUUAAUCGCAGUAGCCUUCCUCACACUCGUAGAACGCAAAAUCCUAAGCUAUAUGCAAGGACGAAAAGGACCAAACGUGGUAGGCCCAUUUGGACUUCUACAGCCCUUAGCCGACGGAGUGAAACUAUUCAUCAAAGAGCCCAUUCGACCAUCAACGUCUUCCCCAAUCAUAUUCCUCACAACUCCUAUACUAGCCCUGCUCCUGGCACUCUCCAUUUGAAUUCCACUCCCCCUACCAUUUUCCCUAGCAGACCUAAACCUGGGCCUACUAUUCCUCCUAGCUAUAUCAAGUCUAGCAGUUUACUCCAUCCUAUGGUCAGGAUGAGCUUCUAACUCAAAAUACGCCCUCAUUGGAGCGCUGCGAGCAGUAGCCCAGACAAUCUCCUAUGAGGUCACCCUGGCAAUCAUCCUACUAUCUGUCAUUCUUCUAAGCGGAAACUAUACCCUGGGAGCUCUAGCAGUCACUCAAGAACCCCUUUGACUCAUUUUCUCUUGCUGACCCCUCGCUAUAAUGUGGUACGUAUCCACACUCGCCGAAACUAACCGUGCCCCCUUCGACCUGACAGAAGGAGAAUCGGAACUAGUCUCCGGAUUCAACGUAGAGUACUCAGCAGGACCAUUCGCCCUCUUCUUCCUGGCAGAAUAUGCCAACAUCAUAUUAAUAAACACAUUGACCGCCAUCUUGUUUUUCAACCCAAGCUUCCUAAACCCUCCUCAAGAGUUAUUCCCCGUAGUACUAGCCACAGAAACCCUGCUUCUAUCGGCAGGGUUCCUAUGAAUCCGCGCCUCCUACCCUCGAUUCCGAUACGACCAACUAAUGCACUUACUAUGAAAGAACUUCUUACCGCUCACACUAGCCCUAUGUCUAUGACACAUUAGCAUGCCAAUCUGCUACGCAGGCCUACCACCGUACCUAAGA